UCAGUUGUUCACGUCAGAGAGUACACAUGAAAAAAAUCGUAUCCCAGUCGAACUAAGCAAGCCAGUCAUUACGAGUAUGAGCUUCCAGGUCAAAGAUGUACGAACAAGGCUUCUUUUUUCCAUCAAACACGAAAAUAAAACUCGAAAAGUUUCACUAAGUUUCCAUAAAAUAAAUUCUAGAGUGAAAAUCAGAGAAAGAAAGGAAUGACGGUCGAAUAGCAUUGCUUCUAGUAAGUAGUCACCGACCCAGUUUCUUGUUGAAAUAUACAAGUACAAAAUGUAAGAUUUGCAAACACCAGCAUCGAGAUUAUCAAAUAUGUCAACGGGAAGAACGACCGUGCGUGCAAAAUUCAUCAGGUUGCUGAUGUCGGUGAAGAAGUUGAACCUGCACGGUUGCAUGAGUGCGCUGCAUGACUACAAUUGGCUGCUAAUAACUAGUGCUCUACAUGACUACCUUCCAACAAUUUGUUUAAGUCUAUACUAACAAACCAAAGGCCCACUGAUUCCUGACCCAGUUUGUGCAGUAAGUAGUCAGCUGAUCAAACGGCACCUUGGUUUGCAGAAAUUACCUGGGUUAAUACACUCCUAUCAUUUUAGCAAAAGGAGGCAUGAGAAGCUAUAUGAUUGACUGCUUCAUGUAGCACAGAACUACAUUGAAAGGUGGCAGUGGAUAUCAAGUAUCAACAGCCGUCAGCAGAUUGUUUCUCCUGUGCAAAUUAUAUUAGCAUAAUGGGACUUGAGCACCACUAACUCUCCACUCAUCCAAUUGUCCAAUUGUUUAACCUGAUACACGAGCACCUGCCAUUGUACGAUGUUGCCUCCCAAAACAAGCUCCAUACUCCUAGCCUCUCAUCUGAGGCUCUGAAACCUUUCGUCUCAAACAAAAGAUCACAUAAUCUGUCCCCAUCUCCCAUCCAAGAAGAACUCACAUACCAACCAUGCCUUGGGCUGAAAGCUUGCUGUUCCUCCUCCUCUUGUUCUCGCUGCCCAUUCCCUUCUCCCAUUCUUGGUCCUUUGAUUAUCCCAGCCCCAUUGCCAACAUUAAUUCUCUUUGGACGAACAACAAUGCCACCAUCCCAUACAGUGCAACCUACCCAGAUGGUUCAACGAUCAGAGCGAUUCUUGUUAGGCAGAAUCCUACAUGGUAUAGUCCAUUCUUCGCAUGUGGUUUCAUCUGCACCGCUCCUUGCAAUGAUUUUCUCUUUGCCAUCUUCUCGGUGUCCGUUGGUGAUCCGAGCAACCCUGCCUUCAAUACCUCGUCCAUGCCACGGAUCAUGUGGACAGCCAACAGGUCCCGUCCAGUGAAGGAUAAUGCGUCACUCCAGUUCAAGGAUGGCAAUCUCAUACUGCGAGACUUCGAUGGUUCUCUGGUCUGGUCGACGAACACAUCGGACAGCCGUGUUGUCGGUCUGAAUCUUGCUGAAACUGGGAAUAUGGUUCUCUUCGACGCAAUGGGGAAGACGGUGUGGGAAUCAUUUGAGCACCCAACUGACACGCUCCUUCUUGGGCAGUCACUGAGGCAAGGGAAGAGGCUUACUUCAGAUUCCUUGGCAACAAACUGGACUCAAGGUCAGUUCUAUCUCACUGUACUUGACAAUGGUUUGUAUGCUUUCAUCGAAGCAGAUCCACCACAGCUCUAUUAUCAAAGAAGAUUCAAUAUCACUGAUGCCAUAGUUCAGCCAAAUAUGAACAUAUCCUCUGAUGGAGCAAAGAACUACACGACUUACAUUUCCUUCUUAAAAGGUAGCCUGUCAGCAUUUGUUAGCUUCAACAAUACUGAUAUCAAUCUAUUCGAUAUAUCACUGCCGUCGCCAUCUUCAGCACAGUUCAUGAGCCUCGAGAAUGAUGGGCACUUGAGAGUUUAUAGAUGGGAUGGUACUUCGUGGAAACCUCAGGCUGAUGUUCUGCAUGUGGAUCUUGAUGAUUGUGCAUAUCCCACAGUAUGUGGAGAUUAUGGUAUCUGUUCCGAAGGACAAUGCAGUUGCCCGAGUCGGAAUUCUGGGGAUGAAGAUCAAUUUUUCCGCCAAUUGGACAACCGGCAACCUAACAUGGGCUGCUCCCUAGCAAUUCCUCUGUCUUGUGACUUGACCCAAUAUCAACAGCUUCUCCCCCUCCCAAAUGUCAUGUACUUCAAUUUAGGACAAAAUUGGACCACCGACGAAUAUAGCUGCAAGGAGGCUUGCUUGAAGGCCUGUUCAUGCAAAGCAGCCUUUUUCAAGUAUAACAAUGUCUCUAAUGGUUCUUGCUACCUAAUGCCAAAGCUUUUCUCACUCAUGAAUUAUCAGCCUGAAGUAGUUGGAUACAAUUUAUCUGCAUACAUCAAGGUGCAAAUGUUACCUCCACCACCAAGAAGCAAACAAUUAAAUCCAUUAGUUUACCAUGUUGGUGCUCCUAUUAUAGUUGCAGUUAUCUGCAUAAUUAUUCUCAUCAUCAGAAGAAUAAUGAAAAGGAAGAUGGAUGAUGACGACCCAUUUAAAGGACUGGCUGGCAUGCCAACACGGUUCUCCUACAAACAGCUGAGAGAGGCGACUAAUAACUUUAGCAAAAAGCUGGGACAGGGAGGAUUUGGGCCAGUGUAUGAGGGAAAACUUGGAAAUGUUAAAAUUGCCGUCAAAUGCUUGCGUGAUAUUGGCCAUGGAAAAGAAGAAUUCAUGGCCGAAGUCAUCACCAUUGGAAGCAUCCAUCACAUCAAUCUUGUUAGAUUGAUAGGAUACUGUUCUGACAAGUUUCACAGGCUCCUUGUUUACGAGCAUAUGACCAAUGGGUCUCUAGACAAGUGGAUCUUCAGAAAGAACCCAAGAGGUACACUCAGUUGGGCAACUCGAUACAAGAUUAUACUGGAUAUUGCAAAAGGCUUGGCCUAUCUUCAUGAAGAAUGCCGACAGAAGAUUGCUCACCUUGAUAUCAAGCCUGGUAAUAUCCUCCUUGAUGACAAGUUCAAUGCAAAGAUAUCUGAUUUCGGUCUAGCAAAGCUGAUCGAUAGGGAUGAAAGCCAUGUCAUGACAAAAAUCAGAGGAACAAGGGGAUACCUAGCACCAGAAUGGUUGUCAUCAACAAUUACCGAGAAGGCUGAUAUCUACAGUUUUGGUGUUGUUGUGCUGGAAAUUGUGAGCGGAAGGAAAAACCUGGAUAACAAUCAGCCUGAAGCGAGCAACAACCUAAUCAAUCUACUUCAAGAGAAAAUCAAGGUCGGCCAAGUUCUAGAUAUAUUGGACAAUCAGAACGAAGAAAUCCAAUUACACGGGGAAGAAAUGAUAGAAGUGAUCAAGCUAGCAGUCUGGUGCUUGCAGCGCGACUGCAGCAAACGACCAGCCAUGUCACAGGUUGUGAAGGUCCUGGAAGGCGCGAUCGACACGGAAACAUCCGCAGGCUACGAUGCAGCUAGUAAAGAUGAUAUUAAUUUUGACGCUUCAUCCCCUCUGUCCCCAGCACCAGUGUCAGCACGAUGAAACUCUUUUUAAGUAGGAACACCGAUACUUGUUACAGUUUAGUUGCAGUACUGUGUGCAGUGUGCUAGUGUGCAUCUCAUGUAAAUUUGUCCCUUGUAAUAUGUAACAUCCUCAUCAAUGUGUGAAUGAAUGAAAUAUUAUAACGAUUUUAUUAUCGAGCUAUUUCAUGGUUUCCCAAGUAACAAGACGAACAGCAAAGGUAGCAUGUGAAGGGCUAGGGAAAA